GGGUAGAAGUUGAAAGACCCCCGGUUUGGCUUAUGAGGCAAGCCGGGAGGUACAUGAAGAGUUACCAAGUCAUCUGUGAGAAAUAUCCUUCAUUCCGUGAAAGGUCUGAAAAUGUUGAUCUUGUGGUGGAAAUUUCAUUGCAACCAUGGAAAGUUUUCAAGCCUGAUGGGGUGAUUUUAUUCUCAGACAUUCUGACCCCACUUUCUGGGAUGAAUAUACCCUUUGAUAUAGUCAAAGGUAAGGGUCCUGUCAUAUUUGAUCCCAUUCACACAGCAGGUCAAGUUGAUCAAGUUAGGGAGUUUAUUCCCGAAGAUUCAGUUCCAUAUGUUGGUGAAGCACUAACAAUUUUGAGGAAAGAGGUGGAUAAUAAAGCUGCAGUCCUAGGUUUUGUGGGGGCUCCAUUCACCCUGGCAUCGUAUGUGGUUGAAGGUGGGUCAUCAAAACACUUCUCAAAAAUAAAGAGAUUGGCUUUCUCUGAACCCAAGAUUCUCCACUCAUUACUGCAGAAAUUUACAACAUCAAUGGCAAGAUACAUACAAUACCAAGCUGACAAUGGAGCUCAAGCUGUUCAGAUAUUUGAUUCGUGGGCAACAGAGCUUAGUCCUGUGGAUUUUGAACAAUUCAGUUUACCUUACUUGAAGCAGAUUAUCGAUACUGUGAAGAAAAGCCAUCCAGAACUCCCUCUUAUCCUCUAUGCAAGUGGAUCAGGGGGAUUGCUUGAGAGAAUAGCUUUGACUGGUGUGGAUGUAGUUAGCUUGGAUUGGACGGUUGAUAUGGCUGAUGGUAGAAGGAGACUGGGACCAAAUAUAGCUGUACAAGGUAAUGUUGAUCCUGGUGUUCUCUUUGGUUCAAGAGAGCUCAUCACUGAUAGGAUAUAUGAUACGGUGAGGAAAGCUGGUAGAGGGAAACAUAUCUUGAAUCUUGGUCAUGGCAUUGUAGUAGGUACACCUGAGGAGAAUGUAGCACAUUUUUUUGAGGUUGCAAAAGGAAUCAGAUACUAAGAAGUUAAUUAUGAUUUUUUAAUUACUAGCAUUUUUAUUCAUUUCACUCAGGUAAUAUAAGAUUUUGGUUUGUCAAUUUUUAUUUUCAGUAAUAAAACAAAUAAUCAUGUUAACGACAA